AUGAUUAAAUUAGAUGGUGAAGACACAGGAGAGAUCGAGUACAUGGAAGCAUCUAUGAUGUCAUAUGAUGAUUCUGUGAAUUUGGUGAUCAAAGGGCAGGAUAUUGAGCUAGAAAGAAUCAGCACAAUUAUGACAACCAUAGACCUCUCGUGUAACCAUUUUGAAGGUGUCAUUCCGAAAACACUAAAGGAUCUCAGCUCACUUUGGCUACUCAAUUUAUCCCAUAACAAUCUCAUAGGUCAUAUUCCAAUGGAAUUGGGGAAAUUGAAUAAGCUUGAAGCAUUAGAUCUCUCUUGGAAUCGGCUCACUGGAAAGAUUCCGCAGGAAUUGACAAGGCUAACAUUCUGA